AUGGCGCCUCCCCCGUCCUCUUACCGUCCGCGGAAGAAGAGAAAGCUUCCCUCGUCUUUCGCCGGCUCUAACAAUUCUCUCAUUGUUGACGCUGGAGGGAAAGCCUCUCCAGCUUUCCCAUUGGUGUCUUUCCUCUGGUCUGCUCGCGCUGGUGUCUCACAAUGGCUCGUUCUACCCUUGAUAUUGAUGGCAGUGGGAUUGUUUCGCUGGGCUGUCAGUUUGUGGGGAUAUUCUGGCUUCGGAGUACCCCCUAUGCAUGGUGACUUUGAAGCACAGAGGCAUUGGAUGGAAAUCACGACUCAUCUGCCCAUUGCCAAAUGGUAUCUAUACGAUCUGCAAUACUGGGGGUUGGACUACCCGCCGUUGACUGCAUACCACAGCUGGUUGCUUGGAAAACUUGGUUCUCUCUUUGAUCCCACAUGGUUUGCCCUGGACCAGUCCCGUGGCAUUGAAGAUCCCUUGUUGAAGGUGUUCAUGCGCGGAACAGUGAUUGCUUCGGAAUACCUUGUCUACAUCCCGGCCGUCGUUACCUUCCUGCGCCGCUUCACUCGCAUGCAGAGCGUUCCGGUUUGGUCUGCUUCAAUUGCCCUCACUGCGAUCCUCCUACAGCCCGCUACCAUCCUCAUCGACCACGGACACUUCCAAUAUAACACGGUGAUGCUGGGUUUGGUUGUUGCGAGCUUGGAUGCCAUCUUAGCUGGACGCAUGCUAUGGGCCUGCAUCUUCUUCGUGGGUGCUCUUGGUUUCAAGCAGAUGGCCUUGUACUAUGCUCCGGUCAUGUUCGCCUUCCUCCUUGGUGUCUGCAUCUUCCCCAAGAUCCGGUUCCUCCGUCUCAUCAGCAUUUCUCUUGUCACCCUUGUCGCAUUCGCUGUCCUGCUUGCUCCAAUGCUCAUUGGAGCGAUCGUUAUCUUCCAGCUGACUCAAAUUAUCCACCGCGUCUUUCCCUUUGCUCGUGGCCUGUUCGAGGACAAGGUUGCUAAUGCGUGGUGUGCCAUCCAUACGUUUUACAAACUUCACCGCUUCGAGGCCACUCUGCUCCAACGCAUGUCCCUUGGAGCGACGCUAGCAUCCAUUGCUGUUCCCUGCGCCAUCAUCUUCCGUCACCCGCGCGCAUCGCUACUUCUCCCAGCCCUGUCAAGUGUAGCCUGGGGCUUCUUCUUGUUCUCAUUCCAGGUGCAUGAGAAGAGUGUUCUCCUCCCCUUGCUUCCCAUGACUCUUCUCCUGGCUGGAGAUGGCGGACUAAGUAGAGAGACUCGGGCCUGGGUGGGCUGGGCCAACAUGCUUGGCUCGUGGACCAUGUAUCCUCUUCUGCAGCGUGACGAGCUUCGGAUUCCCUACUUCGUCAUGACUUUGCUUUGGGCCUACCUGUUGGGACUCCCUCCAACUUCGUUUGGAACAUUCCGCCGCCGUGCCUCUUUGGAAGACACCACCCCGGGCGCCGAGCUUCAUGUGCUGACCAAACUUCUGCACGCCUGCUUUUACCUUGCUAUGAUUGCAUGGCACGUUCUUGAGGCCUUUGUGGCACCCCCUCCUGGCAAGCCGGAUCUGUGGGUGGUACUGAAUGCCCUCAUCGGUGCUGGAGGCUUUGGAAUUGCAUAUCUGUGGUGUUUCUGGAAACUGAUCCAGCAGUGCCGCAGGAUCGACCAGAAGGCAGUCGAGGAAACGGAGAAGAAGAACCAGUGA